GGGGCGCAGAAGGGUCAGGACACCUCCCUCGAGGUCGGGCCGUCGGUCUGAUUGCGGGUCCAUCUGUCCUGCCAAUUGCCAACAGCCGCCUCCGCGGAGAAUGGGAGAACAAAGGGAGGGGGCGGUUCUGGAAACCCCAGAGGGAAUCCAGGGUCCCAGGUACUCUGCCCCGACUGCUGACACUUUCGGUUUCUCCCCGAGUCAGAAAGGUGCCGCCCAAAAGACCCUGGGUGGGCGCCGGGCGCAGCUGUCUCUUCGCGUUUUCCUGUCCGUCUUUGUGUCUGUCUCUGUGUCUGUCUGGCUGUCUCCGAGCUUGCCUCCACUUCUAGAACUAAGCGCUUCCGGGACACCCACAACCCACGAGCUCCCAUCCCUUCCCAAUGGCAGGAUACUUGCCCCCCAAAGGCUAUACCCCUUCGCCCCCUCCUCCCUACCCUGUGACUGCUGGGUACUCAGAGGCAGCACAGCAUCCUGGGCCAGGGCAGGCGCCAUUGCCCGCCCACGUGCCUGCCCCAGCUCCUGGCUUCGCUCUCUUCCCCUCGCCUGGCCCCAGUGCCCCGGGGCCUGCUGCCCCCCUCUUGCCACUGCCAGGGGUGCCUUCUGGCCUCGAAUUCUUGGUGCAGAUUGAUCAGAUCUUAAUUCACCAGAAGGCUGAACGAGUGGAAACGCUCCUAGGCUGGGAGACAAGUAACCGGUAUGAACUGCGCUCAGGGGCCGGACAGCCCCUGGGUCAGGCAGCUGAAGAGAGCAACUGCUGUGCCCGUCUGUGCUGUGGCGCCCGCCGGCCCCUUCGUGUCCGUCUGGUGGACCCCGGGGACAGAGAGAUGGAAGUACAGUCUCCACCUGGCACCACCAUUGGCCACGUGCUCCAGACCUGGCAUCCCUUCCUCCCCAAGUUCUCCAUUCAGGAUGCAGAUCGCCAUACGGUCCUGCGAGUGGUGGGGCCCUGCUCAACCUGUGGUUGCGGCACAGAUACCAACUUCGAGGUGAAGACCCUGGAUGAGUCCCGCAGUGUGGGCCGCAUCAGCAAGCAGUGGGGGGGGCUGCUCCAAGAAGCCCUCACGGAUGCGGAUGACUUUGGCUUGCAGUUCCCGCUGGAUCUGGAUGUGAAAGUGAAGGCUGUACUGCUGGGAGCCACAUUCCUCAUUGACUACAUGUUCUUCGAGAAGCGAGGAGGCACUGGGCCCUCUGCCAUCACCAGUUAGACGUUGCCUCAGGGUGAGGAGACUAUCACCGCAACCAGAAUCCAAGAUGGUCACCUGGCCUGGCCUGGCCCUUCCUCAGAGGCAGCCUGUUUCCUCCAUGUACACUACAGGGGACAAACAGGAAUGCCUAAGAGGCUGGGGGCCAUGGUGCCCUACCCCUACCCUAUUCCCCUGGCCUCCUUCACCUGUGGCCCCCACAGAAGGGUAUGUAUGAGAGCCCUUCCCCCGCUACCUCUCACCACUGUCUCUGGCAAUCCCUCAGCAGAAGGCAUAUCAGCAUAUUGGCUUUCAGACUUUCCCUACUCACUUCCUCCUACCCACUUCUGGGACCUCUGCUCUGGUUUUUGGAAUCCAAGGCUGUGGGGUUUCACAAAGGAAGCUGGGGUGGAGAGCGUAAGCAGCACCAAAGAUGGCUGAUAUGGUCAUCCUUUGCCGUGUCAGCUUGACCACUUAGUUCAGCCUCAGACCGUGGCACUCAGAGGGGGUCCCCACAUCCCCAGCAACAGCUCUAGGGCCUAGGCCCCAGCGCUGACCUCCUCUUCCCUGUGGGCCUUUCUCAUAGCUGGUGCUUGCUGCAGCUUCUUCUGCCUUACUUAACCAUCCCUCCUUCCAUGUUCCUACAAAGGAGGCUGCAUCUUUGUAUGUUAUAUUCAUAUAAACUUUGUAACUUUUUGGA